AUGCCGUCAGGGGAACUGCCGGUUGAUGGGCAGUCCCUCGGCCCGUUAACGCCAUCUCUUCGCAGCGGUCUUCUAGCCAUCACAGUGCUGGCGUGCAUUUCCUUCUUCUCCGCAGCUACUCUCUUCAUUUACUUGACAUACAAGAUUGUCGCCUGGCAGCUCUUUGUCCGACGGGAAAACGAAAAGCGAGCCCAUCAUGAAGCAUCUUCUUCCCAGCAUGCUGUUGAUUUCACGCUGGGCAUCGACGGUGUCUUUGCCUCCCGCCCGAGCGAGUCCAAGGAUGCUUCCGUCAAGGGCGAAGGAAAUUUUCCACAGCAAGACCCGAGCCCGCCUAUCCGACCGAUGAAGGGCUCACCCAACCAGUUUCUUAUUCUCAUCUACAAUCUUCUCGUUGCCGAUUUGCAUCAAUCGAUUGCCUUUGCCCUCAACUCGACAUGGAUUAACCGAAAUGCCAUCCUGGUGGAUACGAGAACGUGCUGGGCACAGGGCUUCUUUGUCUCAACAGGAGAUUUGUCCUCGAGCAUGUUUAUCACGCUCAUUGCGGUGCAUACUUUCCUUUCCGUGGUCAAGGGCUAUAGGCCGUCGCAGAGGACGUUGUACACGUCUAUUGGCCUUGUAUGGCUAUUUGUGUAUUUCAUCUCGACGUUGCCAAUUGCCAUUACGAACAACGGCCGCGAGCAUGGCGGCUUCUUUGUUCGAGCUGGUGCCUGGUGCUGGAUGAACCGCGAGUAUGAGAAUCUCCGUCUCUUUACCCACUAUCUUUGGAUCUUUCUGGCCCUCGGUAUCACCUCUGGCCUCUACGUUGCAAUCUACUACUCUCUUCGCCAGCAAUCCCUUCGUCGCCGAGCUGCCAAUCCAGAUGGCAGUUCAGAUCUUGGCUGGUCCGGUGAACACAACCCAGCAUUCCUCAUCUAUCCAAUCAUCUAUGUCUCUUGUACGCUGCCGCUGGCUACGGAGCGUGUGGCAUCCAUGUCUGGCGCUAAUAUUCCACUGGGGCUCUUCUGCUUUGCGGGAGCGCUCAUCUCUCUCAACGGCUUCUUCGACUGCAUCUUGUUUGGCACAACUCGACACUCCAUCAUCUUUGCCUCUAAAUACGACUUGGAUGCGGUAGAUACGGGUGUGAAAACAAUUGCCUUCCUACAAACACCAAAGACUCGGCGUUACGGCAACAUGGUGUGGAUUCAGGGUGGUGAGGGUUCGAGACGAAGCAUGGAACCCAAGACUACUGGAGGUUGGUGGUCAUGGCAGCGCCUGGCCGGACACUCCAGCAGCAUGAGACAGGAGAAGCGGAGACGACCGCGAGGAUCCAGCCAGGAGUCAUUGCGUGGCCCUGGCAUCCAGAUGGAUCUGGUUACGACUGUUGUGGUGGAGGUGGAAGAUGACAAGGAGCGAGAUAUUCGAUUCCCUGACCCGACCGCGAGCGCUAGUCCCUCGGUCAACAGCACAGAAAGGGACGCAAUCAGCGCAAGAGCCAUCUGA